AUGAACCUAGAGCCUGCAAAGACUGAUCUUAAGUCUGCUACCCGCGUGAUGGGAGGGCCCGCAACUCCCAGGAAAGGGCCACCUAAAUUCAAGCAGAGGCAGACCCGACAGUUCAAGAGUAAACCUCCAAAAAAAGGUGUUCAGGGGUUUGGUGACGACAUUCCCGGUAUGGAGGGUCUAGGAACAGACAUCACAGUCAUCUGCCCCUGGGAAGCCUUCAAUCACUUGGAGCUGCACGAAUUGGCCCAAUACGGUAUCAUCUAGAGAUCGCCGACUCCGUCCAUCCACAAGCCUGUUUUAUUAUUUUUGUUUCUUGUUUUUUUUUGUUUGUUUUUGUUUCUUCUCUGGCUGGCCACCGCAGGGAGAUGUAGUUUGUGUAGGACUCAAG